GACUGGCGUGUCGCUGGGCGCACCACGCAAAACAAGUUUUGUUGGCAACAAAUUAAAAAGCCGGUACAAUUUUCGUUUUCCGGGGGAAUUAUCCGUGUGGAAAUGGCCCUACCACGGUGGAAUGUGGCCAGCUUCGUCGUGCUGCUCACCGUGCGGUUGCAAGCGGCCCUUUGGUCCAUCAUUUCGGAUUGCGACGAAAGUUACAAUUACUGGGAACCGUUACACUUCGUGCUGAAAGGAAGAGGAUUCCAGACGUGGGAGUAUAGUCCUGAAUUUGGCCUGCGCUCCUACGCCUAUCUAUGGCUGCACGGUGCACCGGCGAAGCUGGCCGAGCUGGUGGUGGGCAACGGAUUGGGACUUUUCUACUUCCUUCGGUGCCUCCUAGCGUUGGUAUGUGCCCUGCUAGAGUUCCGGCUGUACAAGGUCAUCAAGGUGAAGUGCGGAUCCAGCGUCGGCAACAUGUGGUUGUUUUUCCAGCUGGUCAGUCCGGGCAUGUUUAUCUCUAGCGCUGCACUGUUACCGAGCAGCUUCUCUAUGUUUAUCACCAUGGCAACCAUGGCUGACUGGAUGAGCGGGAGAUCGAGGGCCGUGAUAGCCGUAACCGCGCUUUCUGGUCUUAUAGGAUGGCCCUUUGCCGUGAUCGUGAGCAUUCCUUUCGUGCUGGAGCAGCUGAUCUGGAACCGUAAGGUAUGGGACUUUGUCAAAAACGCUCUCCUGUUUGGCUUGCUGUGGGGUGUUCCGAUUGUGCUGAUCGAUAGCCUUUACUUCGGAAAACUGACCAUUGCCGCCUUAAACCUUGUCCGGUACAAUGUGUUCACUUCCCAUGGACCGGACCUAUACGGAGUGGAACCUUCUAGCUUCUAUGUGAAGAACCUCUUGUUGAAUCACAAUUUGCUAGCUGCACUUACCGUGCUGUAUCCGCUGCUGUCCAUCGCUGCAACCGCUAUGCAGCUGAAGAUGGACAAAAGUAAGCUGUCGCCGAUGAUGGCACUGUGGAAGCUGGUUCCACUGUAUUUGUGGCUGGCGGUGUUUUUCCUUCAGCCACACAAAGAAGAAAGAUUCAUGUUUCCAGUGUAUCCUUUGUUUUCGCUCGGAGGUGCUUUAACGCUAGGGCUACUGUCCAGCAUGGCAAGCCGAGUCUUUGGAGGGAAAAGGUCGAGCGCUAUCAAUCGUACUUUAGCAAUCGCCGUCUAUGGCCUGACGCUAGUACUGGGGUUAUCCCGAAUAGUAGCAGUUUGUAUGAAUUACCAUGCGCCCAUGACGGUGUUGGGUGGACUUCCACCUACGAGCGGCGAAAUGAAUUUAUGUUACGGGAAGGAGUGGUACCGGUUUCCGGGAAGUUUCUUAUUGCCACCCAACUACCGAGUUCGUUUCAUUCGGUCGAGCUUCACCGGAAUGCUGCCGGCUUACUUUCAGGAAACGGCUAAUGGAAGCAGCGUGGUACAUAAUUACUUCAACGAUCAGAACAUCGGCCAUGAUCAUAUGCUGUUUGAUCUGUCCGGGUGUGAUUAUCUUAUCGAUUUAGACACCGGCGAAACGUUCGAUAAAGCAAAUCUCGAGCCAAACUAUUCGGCCGAUACGAGCACAUGGUUAGUGCUUCGGUCUAGUCAAUUUAUGAUCGGGUCGCGAUCAAGUACAUUGGCACGUGCGUUUUACUUGCCAUUCUUAUCACAGCGGCACGCUGUAUAUGGGAAGUACAACUUGUUAAAAAGAACAGUUGCUGGAGGCUGAUGUCGUUAAUGUUAUGUUAAAAUCUCGUUGAAACUGUGAAUAAAAUAUGCAUACCCGUGAAGGUAUCGUUCUUGGGCGGAUUAACCGCCUACCUGAAAACAUAAAU